AUGCAGCGAUCACUCACAACACUCAUCUUUGGCCUGGCCAUAACCCACGCGGCCUUUUCUCAGCAGAUCACGGAUGCCCCUAAGAUCGAGUCAGUGUCUGGGUGCGCUGCCGUUGUGGAGACGACAGCCAUCUGCAGCACCUGUUUAACAGCUGCAUGCGUCGUCCCAGUCACCAUCACAGCCGGUUGCGGCACCUGCCCGGUAAAUCCAGCCACCAUCUAUCGUUCGCACGACUGCAGCCAAGGCUGUGAUGGGCUCGGGUGCAGGACUGUCUACACCGUCGUCACCUCACAAGGCAAGGAAUGUGCCUUUGGCACUAUCAACGAGCCCGUCCUGCUCGGGCAGCAUAACGAGCACGAAAUGAUCACCCGUCUCGCGUUCCAGUGUCCCAAAGGUCGCAAGUCAGACGGUGUUUGCUUCGAACCGCGUUCACUCGAUCAGUUGGCUGGCUAUCAUCUCCAUGUUCUCGGCUGGGCCAUCCCUGGUGCCGGCUUCAACGGCGCUGUCGGUGCACCAGAUACUUUGGACCCGAUUCCUGAAGGCCCCGAGGCCCACUGUGACGACGCCGACUAUCUCGACAUUCCUGGCUACCCACAGACCCGCGCGCAGGCUACAGCCCGACUACAGGUUUGUAUCGACCAUCUUCGCACUCGCUUCCAUCAGGCACUCGUUGCUGCGGCGCGCUUGCUGGACGACAGGAAGAGAAUCCGCGAGGAUAUGGUCGACAUAUCGAGCCCCUUGUUUGGUGACUGCACGUAUGCAUUUCCGAAGCUACAAGGGGAUACGUCUGGUCGGGCCAAAUGUCGGACCUUGGAAGGGCUUGGCAGGGCGUUGCAUGGCGUUCAAGACUUUUACUCCCACAGCAAUUGGGUCGAUUCUGCAGACCCGAACCUGCCCAUCGGUGUUUCCAAUCCUCCGGGACUUGGUAUCGCUGUGACUGCUCCAUUCCUGGAUCUCCGUGCUACAGGCCCCAUACCAGCUCAUCAAAUUCCCAUCAAUCUGUCAACCGGAUGCUUUGCAUUGCCGGAUACUUACCCCGGGGUCGGUGAGUGUGAAGGACGUAUCACGCAUCAUACACUCAGCAAGGACAAUGGCGUUAUUCACCUGGACGGUAGUUUUGGUGAAGUAUGGCUGGGCUCACCUCGUUCUAGGAUUUCUGACAACUUUCGUCGCGCCGUUGAAGCUGCCGUUCAGAGCUCCCGUGAUACUUGGGCCGCCCUUCAAGAUGCCAUACGCGACAGGUAUGGUGCUAUUCGUGGGAACUUGAUGAUAUGUGCCUUGAUCCGUGAUAACCCGAUCAAGGAUUGCCGCAACCGCACCGUAGCAAUCGCACUUGACAAAUCAUGGGGCAGUGGUGUCAACGGCGCCAUCCAGCUAGAGCGUAUCUUUGCGCAGGAGCUCAACUCCCGACUGGCCAUGCAUGCAUUGGAUAAAGUGGCUGUGCUAGAAUUUGACGAAGCACCAAGGCUUGUCUACCCGAUGGGAUAUCCUAAGUUUGCCAUCAUUGGCUCUUCGAACCCUGUUGGCUAUCGACGCAUCGACAAUGCACUCGACCUAGCAAUUGCGGAGAAUAUCAAUGCUCAGCCUGAAACAUAUGCCGAUCGUGGGGCAGUACUCCUUUUGUGUUCCAGAUCCAAAAGUCGAGAAUCUUCCAGCAACGUGCUGGCUCAAGUGAAACGUGCCAAAGAUGAGGGAAUUCGGGUGCACUACGCUUGUAUCGACAUCCAAGAAACCACGCGGCAGGGCAUCGAGAGCAACAAUAUGUGGGAUGACUGCGGCUUGGAGAUGUUGCGAAAUGCGUUGGGAACAGGAGGUGUUGUUGCCAUCGUCACCAUUCCUGACAUCCACACACCCAGCAAGUUGAUCGAUUUGAUCAUGAACAGGGGUCUGACAGCCACGGAUGAUGUGAGUAGCCCAGAUAACAUGAGGCUUUACUCUGGAAUCGUCCUCACCGACUUGGUGAGUCCUGCCAUUCAGGAAAAGGUCUUUGAGUACCCUGUCUCCUCCGGCGAGCAGGUCACCUUCACUAUUCGUUACGUGAUGGCUUCCCGGGAAUAUCAGUCCGAUGCUUGCUUGACAGUCGAAGUACGGGACAAAGGUUUUGGCACCCCAGUCUCAGCCCAUACACUCUGCCGGGGUGAGCCCCCAUGGGUUUUAGAAUACGUGGUAGAGAAGGCCAACAACCUUGUGUUCAUUGUCCAGUACGACGGUUCAACGGGUAAAGGUGUUGACACGUUCGACAAUGAAGGGAUUUACUUUGUCGUGGGCGUUGAUUCGAACCUAUUUGACAAGGUUGAGAUCACAUCCGAAAUCGCCAUGAGCUCUCUCGGCACUGCUGUCGCCGCAGAACUCCCUAGACAACAACCCGCGAAGCCUUUUCUUGCAGGGACAACGUAUGGAAACCUCAUAGGGAUGACACCUAGAGACAGAGGCAACCCGUUUUCGAUACAAGAUCAUAUGGACCAGGACCUGAACUGCAGGAUGCGCUGCUCGUAA